ACUGUUUUAUUACACACUAAUGUAAUAUAACUCAUAGACCUACUCUCUCUCUCUAUAUAUAUAUAUAACUUCAUUCUAACUAACAUUAACUAACUUAUCUCCCUCUCUGUCGGUCUAUCUCUGCACUCAGCUGGAUAUAUAAACCGGAUUAGUCUAGUGUCUCACAAGGUCUCUUCUUAAAUUCAACAACAUAGGAAUAAAAACGGUAAACGUGAAGGUUGAUGAAGCUCAGAUAUAUUACAGAUGAUCUCAACCAUGUGAUAUAGUGUGAUAUAGGCUACUGUAUAUUUGCACCAUUAAAGGCUUGGGAAUAAUGAAUAAAAAAAUCAAUUUCCACAUAAUAAUCCAUUUAUAUCAAUAUAAUGUAAUUUCUGGCAAGUAGCCUAUAUCAUGAUUAUAGAACAUAAGUGUAUAAUAAACUAUAAUUGUGUUGUGAGUAAUGCAUCAAAUGUGUAUACUGGUAAUUUAAUCAAUAAUAAAUAAGGUUAAGUCAAUAGUGUCAUAAUAAUGGCAGAAGGGGCAAUGCUGUAAAACUGGAAAGUGGCAGUGGUUUAACCAGGCAGAGGGCAGUGAUUGUGUUUGUGUAACUAUAGGAAAUUGAUAGAGGGGAGACUUUAUUCCAUUUUAUUCAGAAACAAUAAUUUCUCAACUGUGUUUCGGCUUCGGGCGUCUUCAAUGACGUCAUUGGUCUACAACGACACAAGCCUCGAUACGCACUUCACAGAAAACUUACUCGACACGCUCCGAAGCCUCGUAACAGCACGUAACAUCACUACUUUUUAAGACACUUUUAAGGAAGAUGGCCAAGAACUGUGUGUAAUAUUAUGACUUGUGUCCCUUUAAAACAAAGCAAUGUCUAUUUUUGACCCCUCAGCACUGAUUGCAUAUGACUACCAACUGUAACCUGUUCAAUCAAAAGCCCUCCAGCAGCAAGGAGAAACCUCCUCCAUCACACAGAUUCAGCAUCCGCUUCCUGUCUGGCAAUGCCUCUGUUUCGGGCUUUGGGUGAACAUGGUGGUGGGUUCAAUGCUCUGCCCGAGAGGAGGAGGAGGAGGAGGAAGAGGAUGGGGAAUAUGGAGUGGAUGGGGAGCUGCGGGAAGACAGAUGAAAAUGGCUCUGUCCUGUCGUUGACACGGUUGUGUCUGCUGAGCCUGGUAGACAACAUGAAGGAAGUGUGGGUGAAGGACUACGCUGACAACUACCUGGAUCAUUAUUCAUUCAGAUACAUCAUAGGGCCUUUCAGUUUACUGCCGGGCGAGCUGGUCGAGCAGCUGAUAUGGCUGCUGUGCACCAGAAAGCAGAUGUCCCGGGCGGCCCUCCACCUCCUGCUGGUCCCACAACUCCGUGGCCUGUCUCUGGAAAGGUGUCCUGGUCUGGUCACCUCCGCCCUCUGUGCCCACAUUGCUGCACGUUGCCAGGGUCUGAGGAGUCUAGACCUAUCUGGAGCCCAGCAGCUGCCCUCAAAGGUCCUGAUUGAAACCCUCGGCUGUCUUCCUGCCCUGCGCUCCCUCUCCCUGGCUGGUACACCUUGUGACAGAUUUGUCAUCAGGACGAUCGCCCGCCGCUGUCUUUCACUUCGCCAUCUGGACAUAUCUCGCUGUCACUCCCUUCCCCCUGCUGCACUACUUCCUCUUGGAGGUGGGACUUCCUUUCCCUCCUCUGACUGUCCCUCUCGGUCACCUCGUUGCACCUCUGCGUCCCAAUCUUGUAUUUCCUCUUCUUGCUCCGAACCCCUGCCUCCUCUCCCCCUCAGCAGUCUGCUGGCUCUGGAUAUUGGGUUUGGGGAACAAGAGGGAGACCCUGUGGCGGCAGCAGCCUACCUCCUCCUCUCUCUGCCCUGCCUGGAGAGAGUGGCCAUGGAGGGCCUCGCGCAGGCCUGCUGUCUCAUCGAGCACCAACAGUUCGGCCAGACGGAUGAGUUCACUGACAGAGAGGGAGUUCCCAGGCUGGGGGAGGUGUGGAGGGAGCGGAGGCAAAGCCAGGGCAUGGACGGUUGGAGGAAAAAGAGAGAAGGAGUGGCAGCAGAUGAAGAAGAUGAGGAGGAUGAAAAGGAGGAGGAGAUAUUGUGGGAGGGGUAUGGCAGUGACGGUGAGGAUGAUGCAAGUAGAGAUGAAGGGCCAAGUUGCACUCAGAACCAAGCAGAGGAAAAAAUGAGAGGAAGAGGUACGUCAGGUGAUGAACGCCUGAUCCUGCGCCUGAAGGACAUCAAGGGCUUAUCAUGUGACUCUCUGGACAGUUUAAGUCGUGCAUGUCCAAACGUCUGCUCCGUAUCUGUGAAUCUCGGGGAUUGUGAAAACACGACAGGAAGAAGCCAGGGGUCUGUGUUAGCCGCGGGCUUCCAGGCGUGGUCGGGUCAGCUGCGGAGCCUCUCGGUACACUACCCAGGCCCUCUGGUGGAUCUCCUACCUGCCUCGCAGGUUGCAGGCUCCUCUUUGGUCUCUCUCACCCUAGAGGGGGUGAAAACCAGCACUCACACCCCUCUGCUGGAGGUCAUCAGGGCCUGUCCCAGACUCAGAGACCUGCUCAUCUCUGCCGAGCCUCCCACCACCCCACAGGAAGAAGAAGAAGAAGAUGAGGAGGAUCAGCGGGACGAUCGGGAUCUUCCACAGCUGCCUGACCUCUGCUCCCUCACACUCAAUUUCUCCUACGAGCACAGCCAAAGGAAGCCCGUCAUGUCCUGGAUGUCCCUGAAGAGGGUGCUCAAGUAUCUCCUGACUGGUUCUCCUUUACUGGAGGAGCUCUCACUGGUCUCCCUGCCUUGCCCCUUGAACUGUGUUUUACAGAACGUAUUGGACUCAGAUCUGUAUCUCUCUGCAGAGUCCACAGACUCACCUCCCAUGCCACUGGGACAGGUACAACGCAUUGUCCUGCCGCGGACUGAUGUGGAGAUUGCAACAGUGAAAAGUAUAAUGCGACGCAGCAAGAGAGUCAAGUAUGUAGAUGUGAGUUACUGCUUGCAAAUCAGUCGCCGCGAGUGUUUGGCCUGCGAGACAUCCAGCGGAGUCCAAGUUGUCUGGCUCCAGUGAAAAGCUUUCCAUACAGGAGCAGCACUGAUGAAGGUGGACGAUUAAUGCUUUAAAAUAUUCAUAUAAAAAUACAAUGCAGUAUCUCAGCUUGUAUGACUACAACUCUAUAACUUUUGUUAUUUUUGUAACUAUAGACACAGAUUGAUUUUACAGGCAGUUUUUGCACUGACGGAUUGCAAUAUGUCCUUAAUACUUCUCAAAUCAAAGCAUGUUAUUCCUAUAGUGCCUUGAAUGCAUUACAAACCGUAUCUACACGUAUGUAUUAAGUCCUUGCUUUCAGUACUUUAUGAAUAAAAAAGCACAUAAGAAAUUUUAAUAAAUAGAUCUGAAAACUAUUUAUUUUUGUUUUCAAUGUUAAUUUCAAAUUUGAUAUGGGCUGGACAGAACUACUUAUCUAAAUGGUAUUUUAGUUAUUUGUUCAGAGAGGACUAGUAGGAAGGAGGAUCAAAGAAAUGAAAGUCAUACCUAGAUUGAGGUUUGAGCAUACCAGACUGAAUGACACUGCACAGGCAAGCAUCCAAAUUCAAUUGUGCUUUAUUGGCAUGGUUAGUAUAGUACAGUAUUGCCAAAGCAUAUUGCACAAGGUUUACAGCGUAAGUAUAAUAAUUCAGAAUGUAAGACAACAAAUGGUUUGCACAUUACUACGUACUAUACAGCUGCAUUACUAUACCAUGAUAGUAUUUUUAUUAUCAUUUGUUUUAUUUAACCUUUAUUUAACUAGGAAUAAAAACUCAUUGAGAUUAAAAAUCUCUUUUUCAAGAUUGUCCUGGCCAAGAUAGGCAGCAGCACAGUUACACGCAAAUUACAGAAUCAUAAAGUGUUGAAAAAAAACAUUCAACGGCAUUCAAAACAUCUAGUAGUAUA